UCGACUCAUUUGUUAUAUUUAUAUUCGGGAACAAGGCAGAAUAGCAAUUAAAGAAAGCAGAAAGAUUCUUUUGCUUCUAUUUUUUCUUACAUCUGGAACGAUCUUUAAAGAUGUCGAGUUCUGCCGAGUGUUGGGAGUUCUCUGGUCCGAAGUUACCUGAGAAGCCAAGCUUCUCACAGACCUGUAGUCGAUUGAGUCGUUAUCUCAAGGAGAAGGGUAGCUUUGGAGAUCUGAGCUUCGCGAUGACAAGCAAGCCUGACGUUAAUGCUACAGGAAUCAAUUCUAAAGCUGCUCAAGAUGUUAAACUACAGAAUGAUAUGUUUCCUUCGCAAUCAAGCUUUUCUUCUUCCUUUGGGGCCAAGGAAGAGGUCGUGAAGAUCACAGAGACUAAAGUUGUGAAGCCAGAGCCUCAAUCUGCUCCAUUGACCUUAUUCUACAGCGGUCAAGUUAUGUUGUUUGAUGAUUUUCCUGCUGAGAAAGCCAAACAAGUCAUUGACUUGGCUAACAAAGGAAGUGCCAACGGCUUCACAGCUGAAUUGAACAAUAACCAGAGUGCUUAUACUAAAAACAUAGCCAAGAACCAAAAAGAGAUUGCUUCUAUCCCAAGGCCAGUUCCUAGUCCUGUAAAAACCGCAGCUCAAGAGCCAAUCCAGACCAACACGUCCUCUUUAGCUUCCGAACUCCCAAUUGCUAGAAGAGCUUCCCUUCAUCGAUUCCUAGAGAAGAGAAAGGAUAGGAUUACAUCAAAGGCACCGUACCAGAAAGAAGGUUCAACCGAAGCCUGAACACAGCCUGGCUAGGUUUGCAGUAAUCUUUUAAGACUUGUGUGGAUCCAGAAGCCACAUGAGAGAUCAUCUCAAAAGACUCUUGACGCUCCAUCUUUUACAGAUAUCAAGCUAUCGUAUUCAUGUUUUUCAUAAAAUAAAUUUGUCUCACGCCUAGUAGUCUUGUUUUGUUCAAUCCGCCAAUAACUCGGUAUAUCUAUGAAUUUACUCUUAAUACCAGUUUUUCUUUUUACGGCCUUGA